AUGCCCGACAAUCUGCAACACGACAUCGCCGACGAUGAGCUCCAACCCGAAGAAACCCCUAAAUUCAAGGUUGGAGAGAAGAAGACCCUGGAUGAAUACCAGAAGCUUGACGAAGAUGACCCGGCCAUGCGCAAAUGGAAAGAGUCCUUAGGUCUCGGCACGGGGACCGACCUCUCCGACCCCAAAGACCCCCGCACCGUCAUCAUUUUCUCACUGGGCUUGGAAGUCGAGGGACGUCCAGAUAUCAUCAUCAAUUUGACUGAACCCAAGGCACUGGAAAAUCUCAAGAACAAGCCGUUCGUGAUCAAGGAGGGGGCGACGUUUCGGAUGAAGGUCCGUUUCAAGGUUCAGCAUCAGAUCUUGUCCGGGUUGAAGUACGUGCAGGUGGUCAAGAAGGUGGGGGUGAGCAACAAGUUGGAGGAGAUGAUUGGAUCUUAUAGCCCCAAUACCACGGACAGGACAGAGUAUGAGAAGAAAUUCGAACCCAUUACCGCGCCAUCCACAAUGGCCAAGGGGCUCCGCAUGUUCGUCAACGAUCACUAUGAUGCCGUCUCCAAAUUCAUCGACGACGACAACCAAACCCACCUGAAAUUCCAGUGGUCGUUCGAUAUCAAGAAGGACUGGCAAUGA